CCGGCACCUCCAGCUCGACAUUCACUCCUGUCGGGGGUCUAUCUGGUACGAACAGCUGCUCAGCGACGAAUCAAUCUGCCGCUCAGUCUACGCCGCCACCGCCACCUGCGCGCUCAACUUCUGGUCUGACGGCAUCCUCGAAUAAUCUAGCGAAGGGCACGUCAUCAAUGGGUCUCGCUGAUCAGAAUGUAGCUUCUCGUCCUAUGAAUGCUUCGACGUCUGGACCCGUAAAGCCACCGACAAAUCAAGCGAUCCAGACUUCCACGAACCAGCCUCAGCAGCCUCAGAAACCGAAACUCGCGCCCAGAACAGUCUACGAACCGAAGCCACCGCCGCCCCAAACGGUCUCUGCUUCAGCGUCUACAUCAGCUAUCGAAAAACGAGUCAGCUUCGUACCCGCGCCACAAAGCUCCGUCGUGGGGCUGUCCGUUGUUUCGCCUUCCCAGCCCGAGCCCCCCGCCGCGCAGGCCAAGACGGAGAGCUACGAAGAAGAAGAAUCUUUUGGGCUUGACUCGGAGGACGACGCCUUCUUUGCGACUGUCGACCUAGGCGAGGCGGCGGCGGACACCGGGCGUCCGCUCGACCACGACGGGCUUGGAGGGCUUGGAGACUUCGACAUGACGAACUGCUCGCUGAGCGAUAUCGAUAUCGAGGAGGGACCAAGUGUCCUGGGUGGGCACAAGCCUCCGAUCGCUGCUGUAGUAGUGCCACAGCAACAGCAGCAACAGCCCAGCCGACCGAGUGUGCCUCAACAGAGUCGACUGGGACAGCAACAAAGAUUCCCUAGGCAGUCCGGCAACUCAGCAAGACAUCAGUCCGGAUCGUCGUCGAGUAAUCAGCCCACACGAACGAGCCAAACGUCGUCCGGUGCUUUCCACUUCCCGGUGGAGUUGAACAACCAGAGUGGGAAACCCCCAUCUGGAUUAAGUGCUGGUGUGAAGCGCCCCGCAGACGCGAUAAGGGAAUCACCGGCGCGAAGGCCGGCGCAAGGCAUGGGUCUGUCGCACGUUUCGAGCGGGCGAAGAGAGCCUCUUGCCACGCUUGAGGUCGCGGACGGUGGAGACGUGAAGCGCGUCAGACGAUAACAAACGCAUAAGAUCGCUGGCCGUUGACCGCGUCUCGUUUCUUUUGCGUAUCCUCCUUUGUGAUGCGCCCUGCCUCCGGAAUUCCAUCCAAUUUGCAUGCUCUCAUUGUUUUUC